CAAGCAGCUGAGAAACAAACAACGACUACUGCAGCUGAAACAAACAUCUCCACGGUUUCCACAACCACUUUGGCGACACUGGCGACCACACAUCCGGCAAGCACCGCGACGUUAGCACCAACAUCCACAUCUACAGUCCCUAUAGAUACCUCCACAGCGACGACCACCUUUCCUGAAUGGACAACGUCGACCACCACUCCCGAACCGACAACGUCGACCACCACUCCCGAACCGACAACGUCGACCACCACUCCCGAACCGACAACGUCGACCACCACUCCCGAACCGACAACGUCGACCACCACUCCCGAACCGACAACGUCGACCACCACUCCCGAACCGACAACGUCGACCACCACUCCCGAACCGACAACGUCGACCACCACUCCCGAACCGACAACGUCGACCACCACUCCCGAACCGACAACGUCGACCACCACUCCCGAAACGACAACGUCGACCACCACUCUCGAACCAACAACGACCAACUACACAACGUCGACCAUCACCGCCGGAAUUCAAAACGGUGACCACGCACUGCUGAACGACAAUACGACAACGACAACGUCGACCAUCACGACGAAUCAACAGACCGGUACGAACGUCACUGCUGAACCGACAACGACAGUUACCACUCCUGAGACGACAACGUCGACCAUCACGACGGAAUCAACAACGGUGACCACCACUGCUGAACCGACAACGACAGUUACCACUCCUGAGACGACAACGUCGACCAUCACGACGGAAUCAACAACGACGACAACGUCGACCAUCACGACGGAAUCAACAACGGUGACCACCACUGCUGAACCGACAACGACAGUUACCACUCCUGAGACGACAACGUCGACCAUCACGACGGAAUCAACAACGGUGACCACCACUGCUGAACCGACAACGACAGUUACCACUCCUGAGACGACAAACGUCGACCAUCACGCCGGAAUCAAACAACGG